AGAUAUAUUCAUUGCGCUGUAUGUAUCCCAAUAUACUUACUACUACAAUAUUUUUACAUGCACAAAACAUACAUUAGUGUAGAGAGAGAAACAGAAAGAGAAAAGAGAGAGAGAGCUCAAAUUAAAGCUGAAGGCUGUGAAAGUGGCCAAGACAUGGCGAGUGGAUGGAUGAAGUCAUUGCAAUGCAAGUCAAAAGCAUUAGACGACGUCGUCACCCACCACCACAACUACCGCCGCCGCCGCCACCACGACGACAACGACGACCACCGCCACCACCGCUCAUUAUCCAACUCCUCCAGCUGCCGAAAUAGCUACCAAAAUCUCAAAGACAUCGUCGAAACCAACAAAAAGAAACCAAAAAAGCCGAAACCCCCAACCCACCACCCAUCCCCGCCGUUCAAGCGCCCGGUUUCCCGAAAACCCGAACCCGGUCCGCCCGCUCUCCCGGUCCGGUCCAGCGCCAUCGACUCGUUCUUCCCUUCUCUGACCGAGCUGCCCAAAGACCAUCCCUCCCGCAAUGUGGUGGAAAUCAUCUUCCACACGAGCUGGGGCGAGAAGAGCUUCUCGGGCCAGAUUGAGAUGGUCUUCAAGGUCCAGACCCUGCCCCGGACCCUGACCCGCUUCGAGGAGUAUCGCGACGCCGUCAAGCUCCGCGCCGGCUCCGCUGGGGACGCCGGCGAGGACCACGCGCGCUGCAUUGCCGACGGGAACGAGGUCAUGAGGUUCUACUGCCUCGGCGCCACCGCUCCCGGCGGCGCGUACGAGACGUGCGGCGGCGCGUGGGCGUUCCAGGGGUGCAAGAGGGCCGCCGUGUGUACAUACUCCGGCAGCGGCGAGGCCCACGAGAGCGCCGGCGGGGGGAGGGGGAGGCGGGCCAUGCUGGUGUGCCGGGUCAUAGCGGGUCGGGUCUGUAAGGAUAUCGGGCUGGGCUCGGUGAUUCAGGAGCGGGUCGGGUACGACUCGGUGGGUGGUGGGAGCGGGGAGAUGCUCGUGUUCGACACGCGCGCGUUGCUGCCGUGCUUUCUUAUCAUCUAUAAAUUGUAAAAUUAUUAUUUUUGAUUUAAGAAGAUUUCGAACGUUUAUCAACACCGAUUUUCUUUUUCUAUUUUGUUUUGUAAUUCGAAUUCUGCAGCUUAAUUUCAUAGUUUUUUUUUUUCUUGAUUUGUAAUCACGGAGAAUGGGGUUGAUAAAUGUUCUCUACAUCUUCUUAUGGAAUGAUAUAUAAUCCCCUUGCAUUAA